AAAAUGGCGGGUACUUGUUUGUAAAGUAAAACAAAGCCAGAAAAAUCAUCAUGGAAUCAUCCCUCUCUAAACAAUCCAUGGAUGGUUUGAUUGGUAUGAUUAGAGAUGUUGAAAGAAAUUAUAAAAAUUUGAACACAGAAUGGUUAGAUCUAAAGAGAACCACAGAAAAUGACAUUGAUUUGAAGAUUUCAGGCCUUUGCCGAGAUGGAAAAUUUAAAGAUUAUGUAUUAGUUCAUAAAGACGACUUGUCUCAAUUAGCUACAGAAAUAACACAACUUAGACAAACUCUACCAAAAGUAAUAGAUAAAAAAUAUAUUUCAUCGUUUGGUAAAUUAGAGGCUUUAGAACAGGAACUAGAAAGUUUAAAGAAAAGCAAGGAAUUGUUAGAAAAAGAAAGUUAUCUUUGGAAGACAAGAUGUGAAACAGCAAUAACAGAAUCCCAAAUAGAAAAACAAGAAACAUUACAACUACGAUGUGACUUACAGGAUCUGAGUCAACAAUUGAGUCAACAAUCAGAUUAUUGUUCAAGUCUGGGUGCAGCUUGCUGUACUUUAUUAUGGAGAGUUUCUAGAAAAGAAGAGGGAAUUGAAGCCAUACUUACUGGGACUAAAGUAGAUGAGUUUUUUUCGAUUGUGACUAGUACCCUAGAUGGUUAUUUGGCAGCUUAUAAAGAUGAUUGGCCGUCUGAACCAUCUGAUGAAACUAAUUUUAUACUAGCUUUAUGUGGUACUAUUACUAAUAUUGCUGCCUCAGCCUAUGGUAGAAAUUUUAUAAUUACUAAUCUAAAUGGUCGCCAAUUAAUAGAUACAUUUUCAAUGUUUAUAGCAGAAGCCCCAGUCAAAAAAAGCUCUGUUUUGAAAAAUUUGAUAUUAAUGUGUUUAUAUAAUAUUAGUAUUAAUCAGAAAGGAUUAAAAUAUUUAACAUCUAAACCAGAUAUUAUGUCCUUGUUAACAUGGCAUCUACAAGAGGAAAGUGAUGAUGAAAAUAGAUUAAAUACAUUAAGAAUUAUACAGUCAUUGAUAUCAGAUGAUAAUAAUAUCAAUAUCAUACAUCAACUUCAAGAACUGUUGCCUACGUCUUAUUUACAUCAACUAGCUUCAGAUAGAGAUAAAAAUAUCCAAGAUAUUGCUUUAGAAAUUAUUAUGGAUCUUAGAAAUACUGCCAAUGAGUCAUGA